AUGAUUUCCCAUGAUGAUACUAAUAAUAAACAAUUAUCUUAACCAAUAGAAACCUUUCGUAGAUUAAUGCUGCCUCAUAAAAGUGAUGUAGGUUUAGGUUAAUAGAGUUGGACAAAACAUCCCAAUACUACUAAAAAUUUAUAGAGAAAACUCUACAUAACCAAUAAACCUGAGGUAAAUAUAAAUCAAGAGAAUUAAAAUACUUCAUCUAGUUUUGAAAAAAACAUAGCUGAUGAACUUUUAAAACAUGAAGUAUGUGAUUGGUAAUUCUUUAUGCAAAAGGAUUAAGAGAUAAUACAACAAAUUAAUACUUCAGAUGAAUUUCCUUAAGAACCAACAUACAAGGCAAAAACCUUAGAAUCAACAACUAGAAAUUCUUAAUUGUAAAAAGGAAAUGAAAGAUAUCUAUAUUUUCAAAGAAUGAAACAAGGAAAGUAAAUUAUUAUAUUUAUUAGUAGCAAACUUCUACCAAAUUUAAGUACCUAAGACUUUCUAAGUUCUGUUAGAAAUUCUAAUAAACUCAAUGAGUUUGCUAAAGUUUAUAAAUAAUAACCUUAGAAUCUCUAUUUGAGUUUAAAUCUUUCAUAACCUUAAAGAGUUCCAAAAACCUUUGGAUUGAUAUAAAAUACUUAAUAAUUAGUAUCUGUAAAUACUAAUAGAUGUUUAAGAUCUCGUGAGGAUUGUAGGGCAUUUUCUUUUGCAAUGCAAACUUAAUAAAGCAAAAGUAUAACUAGUUUAUAAAUGAAUCAUAAUAUUUUUGAUCCUUUGUAACUAAGAGAUAUGCUUUUAAGUUUUCCAACAACCUUAAAAGAUUUAGAAUUGAUUGAUUGUAAAUUACACUAUUAACAUAUGGAUGUAUUAAUGAGUUAUAUUAAUAAAAAUUAAAUUAGCAAAAUUAAUUUAGAAAAGAAUAACAUAAGAGAUUAAGGAUGUAAAAUAAUUGUUAAAUAUUUAAUGAAUAAUAAUACUCUACAACAUCUAAAUUUGAAUAAUAAUCAAAUUACAGAAUCUGCAUGUAUGAGUCUAUCAAAUUUAUUAAAAUAAACUUAAAGAUUAUUAGAAUUAUAUCUUGGAUACAAUCAUCUAAAUUCAAGUGCUGGAAAUACUAUUUGGAAAGCUAUGUAUAAGAAUACAAGCAUUAAAAUAUUAGAUUUAUCUCAUAAUAAUAUUGCUUCACUUGAUUGUGCUUCAUCAAUAGCUAAAGCAAUAGCUAGACCUUAUAAUGAAUUACUUCAUGUUGAUCUAUCAUAUAAUAAAUUUACUUAUUUAUAAGCCUAAGUUAUAGCUGAUGCAUUAAUAAAAAAUGAAACUAUAUAUGGAUUUCAUUUUGAAGGAAACUAAACUGAAUUAGUAGUCAAUUAAAAUGGAUUCUUAAUUAAUAAUAUUUAAUAAAAAAAGAUAUUAAAUGAUAAAUUAACAUUGCUUUAUAAAUAAAAAUAAUAUUUUAAAUUAUUGGAUCAACCUAAGAAGGAUAUAUAAACUAUUACCAAUUAAUAUGAAGAAUUUGUUAUGCCAUAUAGUAGAUAAAGAAAAAUUAGAUCAACAAAAUUAAAUGUUUAAAAAGUUAAUUAAAUAAAUAAAUUAGAUACAUGUUGGAUUUGUGAAGGAUGGUAAGAAAUUAAAUUUGAAUGGACUGCUUAUAAAUCAGGAAGUCUAUAUAAUGAACCUAUAUUUAUUCAUUUUGAUUUUGAAGAUUACAAACCUCUUUUAAUGACUCAUUUAAAUCAUGAAUUCUUUUUAGUUAAAAUGUGUCCACCUAAUUAAAAUAUUCAUUAUUUUUUUACUAAUCCAAUUUUAGGUGUUUAAUAACCAGCACUUGAUUAACCAAUUAUUUAACUUGAAAUUCCUUUAUCUUCUAUACCAUUUCUAUAUAAUGAUGAAAUUUUAGUAGAUGGAAAUAUAAUUGAAUCUUUAAAUGUGCUUAAAACAUUUAAUAAAUAACAGUUAUUUGAUAAAUAUAUGCCAUUAGUAUAAUGUAAACCAAGAGAACCUUUAGCUAAAUUUGAUUUCUCUCCCUAUCUAAAUAUCAAGAAACAUGAUUGGUCAGUAGAGAGUUCAAUAUUUAGAAAUUUCUAACCAGAUACUCCUUAAUUAAUUGAUUAAUGUUUUGAGUUUGACUUUUAGAAUUCAAAAGUUACAAGAUUAGUAAAGGAAAAUGAGGUUGGAGAAGUAAAAGAAUGUUUAAGAGAUUUAUAUAGAAAUUUAUUUCAUGUUUAUAAAUAUCAUGCUUCAGGAUCUAUAAAUACACCAAUACCUUGUAUAAUGAUACAAGAUUUCAUUGAUUUUUUAGUCUAGACUUCAUUAAUGGAUGGAAUGAAAACAAAUGAUAUUGAUAUUAGUUUUACUUCCACAAGUGCAGCAAAAGAUGUAGCAUUUCCUUAGGCAUAUGAAAAAGGUAUUGUUAGAUGUUAAUUAUUGGAAAUCAUGAUUAGAUUAUGCAAUGAUAAAUAUAUAAGAUCAGGAAUUUAUACAUCAAUGGUAGAUUCCAUUAAUGCUAUCAAAUAAUAAUGUUAAGAAUAUUUUAGUAAAUUCGAUUAAUCUUAAUAAUGGAGAAAAACAAGAUUAUGGAGUUAAAAAUGUGAUAUAUUAUUAAAUGAUAGACUUGCCAUGCUCAAAUCAUUAUAUAAAUAUUGUUGUAAAUUAAGUAAAAAACCAUAAUAAUUUAAAUUUGAAUAUGUAUCAUUUUCAGAUUUUAAAGAUUUCAUAUCUGAAUGUAAAUUGAUAUGUGAUGAAUUGAGUGAAAGGGAAUGUUAUUUAGUAUAUUUACAAUCCAUGGUAACAUAGAAAGAUGAAUUAUACUCUUCAAAACAUUAUUAAAUGAAUUUUCAUGAAUUUAUUGAAGCAUGUAGUAGAUUAGCUGAAAAAUUAUCUAUAAUAAGAGGAGACAAACCAAUUGAUUUAGAUGAUAGAAGAGCUAAAGAUUUACAUACAAAAUUAGAUGGUUUCUUGUUAUAUGUAUAUUUAAAUAUUGGAAAUCAAAUGAAAACUAUUCUUUCAUAAAAUGAUCCAGAUAUUAAAGGAGUUGAUAAAUGCAUGAUAAAUGAUUUUAAAUCAUUAAAGUAAAAAUUGGAGGAUUCAUUUACUGAUGGAGAUGAACCUCCAUAUGAUCCAAAGGUUGAAUUACCUCAUCUUUCAAGUUAAAUUACAAAUUUAUUGGGAAAUACAUUUGGAGGCAAAAAAUAAACUCUUAGAUAACAAAUAAAACAAUAGAAAAAAGAAGAGUAAAAGUUUGCUCUUAUUAACUUUGUUUAAUACUUUAAGAGCAUAUAAUAAAUAAAUAAAGACUAAGAUGACUGA